AUGAAGGGGACCUUCAAAACCCUGCUGAGUAAAGUGCUGAGAAAAAUAGAAAAUGGAUUUUCAGCGCCAACGGGAAAGACGCGCUUUACCCACGCGAAGAGAGGCACAAGUGGCCACUACUGGGAUGGAGAUGCCAGUGGGAGUGCUCGCACACCCGUGCAGAUGGCCCUGUGGUGUGCAGGGGAUCGUCGACGGAUCGGCGCAGGUCAUGGGGACAGGAACCACCCAGAUUAUCGCACCUCCGGAAGGAUGGCCCUCCUCGCGGCGGCGGCCAUAGGUGGACUGCAUCUGCUUCUAAACAACACAGAAGAAGGAGAGCAAAGUGGGCACAAAAAAAAAAGAAACUUUUUUUUCCGCCCACCACAUAUGAAAAAUGAAAUAGCUAGCUGUUGUGGAAUCAUGGCCUACUUAGGCAACAGAGACGCUUCGAAAAUUUUGUUUGAUGGCAUAGAGGUGUUGCAAAAUAGGGGCUACGAUUCCUGUGGCAUGUCCACAAUAAGCCGCACCAAUGGAACCCUAAAGACAACCAAGUAUGCUAGUAGCUCGACGAGUGACGCUAUAGAAAAAUUGAGGGAGAAUUAUUCAGCUAGUCACAAAAAUGAUAAAAUAGGAAUUGCACACACGAGGUGGGCAACACAUGGAUGCAAAGUCGAUGAAAAUGCUCACCCACAUAUGGACUACAACGAACGCAUCAGCAUUGUUCAUAAUGGCAUUAUUGAAAACUACAGGGAGUUGAAGAGCUUCCUUGUGGGGAAGAAAAUCCCCUUCAAAUCUAACACAGACACAGAAGUGGUAGCCAAUUUAAUAGGUUAUUUUUUGGACCAAAAGGAGAGCUUCCAAAAUGCAGUGCUUUCCGCAAUUAGGCAGUUGGAAGGGACAUGGAGCUUUUGCAUAAUACAUAAAGAUCACCCAGACGAAAUGAUUCUAGCAGCGAAUGGCUCUCCAUUGCAUAUCGGCUUUAAGGACAAUGAAAUAUUUGUGGCCUCGGAGCACUCGGCUCUUUUUAUGUUUACGAAUGAAUAUAUUUCUUUAAAAAACGGAGAAAUUUUAUCUAUCAACAAGGACAAAAUAAAUGAUCUUAAAAUGGAGAAGAGGGUGGAGAGCAUACCAGAAGUGGUUAUACAAAAGACACCUCACCCUUUUCCUCACUGGACGCUCAAGGAGAUACAUGAACAGUCAAUUGCAUUAUCUAAGACGUUAAAUAAUGGAGGCAGAUUUAGUAUUCUCAAUAGCUCUGUAAAAUUAGGAGGUCUAGAUCCUUAUGUGGAUGAACUGGCCAAAAUUGAAAAUCUCAUUUUAAUCGGUUGUGGCACAUCAUAUUAUGCUGCCCUGUUUGCAAAAUAUGUAAUGCACUACUUGAAUUGCUUCAACACGGUGCAGGUCAUGGACCCCAUCGAUUUUAACGUUUCUGUUGUCCCCAAGGAGAAGGCAGGAGUGAUCUUUAUUUCUCAGAGUGGAGAAACUAGAGAUGUGAUUAAAGCUUGUAAAUUAGCUGAUGAUUUAAAUUUAAGAAAACUUUCCGUUGUUAACUCUGUUGGAUCUACUAUUGCUAAUAUGACUGGACGGGGUGUCUACCUAAAUGCUGGUAGGGAAGUUGGAGUUGCUUCUACCAAAUGUUUCACUGCAGAAGUUUCUGUCCUCACCUUAAUAGCAAUAUGGUUUUUUCAAAACAAAAAGGGAACUUAUCAUUCUUCUCACUCCAAAGUAAGUGCCUUAAUAAAUUCCAUGCAUAGACUUCCUUUAUAUGCUGGCACUACUGUUAAAUCAUGUGAAGCUAAAUGCAAAACGCUAGCUAAUAAACUAACCAAUGCCAAAUCAAUGCUUAUUAUUGGGAACGGGUUAAGCUACCCAAUCGCCUUGGAGGGGGCCCUCAAAAUUAAAGAACUUACUUAUAUUCACUGUGAAGGAUUUACUGGGAGCGCUUUGAAACACGGGCCCUAUGCCCUCCUGGGUGGAGAAGAUAACACGCCUGUCAUUAUGCUGGUCUUCAACGACCCCUCCAAAAAUGUAAUGAUAAAUACGGGUGAACAGAUAAAGGCCAGGGGCGCGCACAUCAUUUGCCUGACCGAUGACGAAGAUCUUUGCAAGCACUUUGCGGAUGAUAUCAUUUUGAUCCCCAACAACGGGUUGCUCACGCCACUGCUGGCCGUCAUCCCUCUGCAGAUGCUCGCCUACUACACCUCCGUCGCGCGCGGCAACAACCCCGACCGGCCUCGCUGCCUCGCCAAGACGGUCACCGUCUCGUAG